AUGCAACUGCCGGAGUUUAUCAAGAACCACCAGUCGCUGGAGAAGAGGGAGAUGAAGGCCGAAGGAGUUGGCGCUGACGGCACGCCCGUCUCCUUUGUCUACAUCAUGCACGAGCGGCCCCUCCCUGACCACGAGACGGAUGGAGACGUUACAGUGGACCCUGCAGGCCAUUUCGGAGCCGGGGAGAAAAUGCAACUGCCGGAGUUUAUCAAGAACCACCAGUCGCUGGAGAAGAGGGAGAUGAAGGCCGAAGGAGUUGGCGCUGACGGCACGCCCGUCUCCUUUGUCUACAUCAUGCACGAGCGGCCCCUCCCUGACCACGAGACGGAUGGAGACGUUACAGUGUGUGUCGAGUUGUCGCUGGAGUUUGUAAAGGCUGUGGACGCCGAGCUCGAGUGGCGCAUGUGCGACCUGCACCUGCUUGAAGGUUCGAAGCUGUUUCGCACAGCAUCGUACCUUCCUGAUGAUGCUAAGCGAGUGGAGGCAUUGAAGAAGUGGCUGGGCCAACUUCACAAGUUGUACAGCAACAAACUGCCUGGUGAGUUUGUAUGUUGA